AUUCGCCGUCCGCUUUGUCUGAUCCCGUCGACCGAGACCAUCUUGCACCGCCGCCGCCAUGGAUAAGGAUGGCUACGCAUGGCUUUCCGCCCUGGGAUUUGCCUUCCUGACAUAUAGCUCCGCCGUGGCCGUCUACCGCUCCAGGGACGACGCUUCGGUCGUGACCUUCGUGGCCGUCGCCUACGCCGAUCUCUGGCUCCUGUUCCGCUGUCUCCGUGCCUUGGAACGCGGCGGCGAGGGGGCCAACAACUGGAGGCUGAGGGCCGCGGUGUGGUCCCUCGUUACGCUCCUCACCUCGAUGUUCUCCUACAAGGUAGCGGCCGUCAUGCCGUGGCCCGUGUCGGUGGUCGUGUGGGGCAUGGCGGCCGCGGUCGCCAUGGGCGGCUUCUGGGCCUUCUUCGUGCGCCGGGAGCCGCCUUCCGACGGCUCCGGCGGCAACCCAGAAUGAUAGCAUAUGCUUCGUGUCAUCUCUCUCAUGCAUGUAUCAUGUCUAAUGGAUACAUAACAUAUAUGCUAUGUUUGUAGAAAUCAUUAAUCAAUUCAAUUUGAAUUAGUUCUAUGA